AGGGGCGCAGCGUGGGAAAGGGAUGGUUGAGUUUUAACCAGAGGCUGAGCGUGAGUGGGAUCAGUGUGCACGCACCGCCUGCAGCCGAGCGCCGAGCGGCCGCGCAGUUAACUCCUCCCUGCCCGCCGCGCGACCCUCCUGGGAGCCCGCGCUCCGCCACCAUGAAGAGAGCUCACCCGGACUACAGCUCCUCUGAUAGUGAGCUGGACGAGACCAUCGAGGUGGAGAAGGAGAGCGCAGACGAGAAUGGAAACUUGAGUUCGGCGCUGGGUUCCAUGUCCCCAACCACAUCGUCCCAGGUUUUGGCCCGGAAAAGACGGAGAGGCAUCAUCGAGAAGCGCCGACGAGACCGAAUCAAUAACAGUUUGUCUGAGCUGAGAAGGCUGGUACCCAGUGCUUUUGAGAAGCAGGGAUCUGCGAAGCUAGAAAAAGCUGAGAUCUUGCAGAUGACUGUGGAUCACCUGAAAAUGCUGCACACUGCAGGAGGGAAAGGUUAUUUUGACGCGCACGCCCUGGCUAUGGACUAUCGGAGUUUGGGGUUUCGGGAAUGCCUGGCUGAAGUUGCCCGUUAUCUGAGCAUCAUUGAAGGACUCGAUGCCUCCGAUCCGCUUCGUGUUCGCCUGGUCUCCCAUCUCAACAACUACGCAUCCCAGCGGGAAGCCGCGAGCGGCGCUCACGGGGGCCUCGGACACAUUCCUUGGGGAAGCGCCUUCGGACAUCACCCACACAUCGCACACCCGCUGCUGCUGCCCCAGAAUGGCCACGGGAACGCUGGCACUACGGCGUCACCCACGGAGCCGCAUCACCAGGGCAGGCUGGCCUCUGCCCAUCCUGAGGCGCCGGCCUUGCGAGCGCCCCCUAGUGGCGGCUUGGGACCAGUGCUUCCCGUGGUGACCUCAGCCUCCAAACUGUCGCCGCCACUGCUCUCCUCCGUGGCCUCACUCUCAGCCUUCCCCUUCUCCUUCAGCUCCUUUCAUCUACUGAGUCCUUCGACACCCUCACAGGCAGCAAACCUUGGCAAGCCCUAUAGACCUUGGGGGACAGAGAUUGGAGCUUUCUAA